AUGGUCGCGUCGAAAAAUGGCCACGAGGGCACCGUUCAGCGCCUGCUCGCUCACAAGGACACCCGUGUCAAUCUCACCAACAAAUACGGCCGGACGGCAUUGAUGUUCGCGUCGAUCAAAGGCCACGAGGGCACCGUUCAGCGCCUGCUCGCGCACAAGGACACCCAGGUCAAUCUCGCCGACAACUACAGCCAAACAGCAUUGAUGCUCGCGUCGGAAAAUGGCCACGAGGGCACCGUUCAGUGCCUGCUCGCGCACAAGGACACCCAAGUCAAUCUCGCUGACAACGACAACGAUGGCGGGACGGGACUGAUGCUCGCGUCGGAAAAUGGCCACGAGGGGCACCGUUCAGCGCCUGCUCGCGCACAAGGACACCCAGCGUCGCGCUAUGGCCACGAGGGCUCCGUUCAGCGCCUGCUCGCGCAGGAGGACACCCAGGUCAAUCUCACUGGCAACUUUGGCCAGACGGCAUUGAUGCUCGCGUCAGAAAAUGGCCGCGAGGGCACCGUUCAGCGCCUGCUCGCGCACAAGGACACCCAGGUCAAUCUCGCCAACAACAACGGCUGGCCGGCAUUGAUGUAUGCGUCGCUCAAUGGCCACGAGGGCACCGUUCAGCGCCUGCUCGCGCACAAGGACACCCAGGUCAAUCUCGCCAACAACGACGGCGAAACAGCACUGAUGCACGCAUUGAACCCUGGGCUGAGUAUGCCUGAAUGGUACCGUCCACACUGGUACUCUCAGUGGGACCAGAAAUUGCGGCAGAAGUUGCUAGCGCUCUUCCUUGGGCACAGCGAGAUUGACGCCAACGCUGCCCGCAAAGAUGGGGAUACUGCCCUGAUUUUAGCCGCAAGGGAUGGGCGCUCGGAGGCUGUCUCUCUGCUCCUCCAACACCAAGGGAUCAAUGUCCAUCACAAGAAUAAAAAGGGUCAAACAGCGCUGGCGGUAGCUCGGAAGGGAAAACCAGAGCGAUAUCGGACUGGAACAGCGGGGGACUACGAGGCUAUCGUCAAGAUGCUCACAGAGUUCGAGCGACGGUAUUCUUCGAACAUGUACUCCAAAAUACUUCGAACAUGUACUCCAAAAUACCAAUACGCCUACUGGCUAGCUUGUAUCGGACGGGGUCUCCAUGCCUUUGGCAAUGGUUCAGGACCGAACGUACACGGUACCCUUCAGCACACCAGUCCAGCAAUAUCAUCCGACCUGAUGGCCUUCUCAAUCACCCUGGAACUCCCGGCAUUUCAUUCGUCUUCGACCCUCGAGGGUAUUGUGAAUUUCGAUUGGGUAUCUCUAACUACGAGACAAGACGUCCUAAUUCUUCAAGAACGAAAGUGGGGCCGAAUGAAUCCAGUCGCUGAGCUUGCCAACGAGUGGAUACUCGUCUGUCAGGAUAGCUGGCGCUCAGUACACGAGUCCUGGUACAUAUCAGUAACAAAACCCACCUGA